AUGUCGAAACAUACAAACUAUACCCCGACCCAUCCUGAACUCUUCGCUGUAGAGUUCAAGCCUGGAGAGUAUUCUUCGUCGCUCGUCGCACGAAAAGACUUUGCAGAAGGCGAGCGAAUCGCUCGUCUUGAGGGCCUCACCAAAGGUCCUAAAGCCUACUCAUCCGUCCAGUGUGGCCCAAACGUAGAUGAUCACAUCGAGCUCAACUCUGAUCUUCUCUACGUCAACCAUUCGUGUGAGCCGAACGUGGCGUUCGAUCUCUCUGCCUUGAACUAUAAGGAGUGGCACGUCCGCGCUUUGCGAGACAUCCAUAAAGGCGACACACUGACGUUCUUUUACCCGAGUACGGAGUGGAAUAUGGAACAGCCGUUUGACUGUCUCUGCGGUUCCUCGACAUGUCUAAGAACUAUAAAAGGUGCAGCGUAUCUCACCUCGGAACAGCUUCUCGCACGGGGACACGUGAGUCCGUGGAUCAUGGCCGGCGUUGCGGCGAGGGACACCAAGAGUUCGUAG